UUUAUGACCACACCUACCGCGGGAAAAAUAAACAAAAUGGAAGCUUUCAGGAAAGCACAAACCGAUUUUUGUACUUAUUAUGACAGCCUCUGCGCCUUACAGAACUCGUACCCCCUUGCUAGGAUUAGGGACUCGGCAGCUGAAGGUCUUUUAAAUUGUCAAGUGCAUAAAAUGAGGCGGAACGACUGGUGCCCAGUGCUGACUGCGCUGAGAGCCAACAGGAUCAUGCACACUGUUAUAUUCACUGAUAAAUGGGAAGAGAAUGCCCAGCAUUACUUCAAUGAUGAUGAAGGUAGUGUAAGGGCCAGACUACCAAUGAGACUGAUAGCCAAGAGAACUGAUAAUGAAACAGUCACUGAUAUCAUUAGAUCUGUAAGACCGAUACUCUCCAAUUCUGAUUCUCUUACUACACUAUUACUUGAGGGCCUACAAAUGGACAUUAAGAUUAUAAAACUCCUAGCUAAAGGUCUCUAUAGAAACCAAUCUCUUAAGCACCUCUCGUUAAAAGGUUCUGGUAUUGGCGAUAAAGGUCUAACAGUUAUUUGUCAAGUCUUAAAGAACUUCCAUUGCCUCGAAUGGAUUGAUUUCACAUGGUGUCACCUAACUGCUGGGGGAAUGAAUGCAAUUGCUGACAUGAUCAGAUUUCAGUCUAUUCAUAGGCAGAGCUCAGUUUGGAAGGACAGCUUAAGAGGCGGUCAUUUUACGAGUCCUUCAACACGCAUAUCUGGUCUUAAGAGAAUCACGCUCAAUUUAAAUCCCAAUAUCAGAGACAGUGGCGCAACACUGCUGGUACAAGCACUGGAAGAUGAUGUGUGGAUCAAAGCUCUGGAUAUGCAAACUUGUGGAUUGACAUCAAACACUGCUCAUCUCUUCCAAUCUCUUCUUAGGACAAAUAAAGGACUACUGAUAAUAGAUAUUAGGGAGAAUGCACUAAUGGACGAUGAUGAAGUUGAUGUACUUAUGGAAAUGCUAUCGAAAAGGCAAGGGAGCCAAGGCUUUGAGAAAAAUAGAUAUGAAUGGCUGGAUGUUGAGAUUAGUAGAAUCCACGACCUCCUUAAAACUGCUGGUGUACCAAUAUAUAGGAGAAGAAAGAAACCAUCAUCGGCUUUACCAGUGACUCAUCAUCAUGUUCCUUCUGGUCAAACUAAACUAAAGAGGAAAGGCCAGCCUUGGAGGACAGCAGCUAGACCAUCACAAAGAUGGAAAAACUCACUGCCAUCCUCAGUUUCUAAGAGAUUAAGCAGUACAGAUGAAGAGAAGUCUCACUAUUCAUCAUCUUGUAUUAGCAAUGGAUCGUUAACCAAUGGUACUACUACUACCAAUGAAGCAGCAGCUCAUCACACUAAGCCGAUACAAGUCACAAUGACAAUGGAGGAGUUUCAACAGUUGCAAAGUGAAGUUGUGAGAUGUCACAACAAAUUAAGAGAAGAAGAGAAGGCUAGGCUUGAAUUGAAAACAAGACUUAAUCAGCUUGAAGAAGAGAACAAGUUACUCCUGAGCAGUGUAAAAGAGAAGCAGUCUUUAAAAGGCAGUAGUAGUAGUCUGGAUGAUGAAGCUAUUCAAACAAUAGAGGGUACCUUUAAGCAAUUUAAUGCUUUCCUUGACCUCCUCAAUGAGAAAGGUUACAGCCACCUAACUAAACUAUUGUCUCAAAGUUAGAAAAACAAUUCAACAUUUCAAAAAUAUCAAAAAAGAAAGUCAUUAUUGUUCAAUCACAAAAAU